AUGUUAAGUGCUAAUAUAAGCUCUAAUUUGAAUAAUACAACUCUUAAUAUAACAAGCCGAGAAAAUAAAGGAGAAUGGCUAUUAUAUCCUCAAUCUAACUAUGAGUUUAAUAUUGAUGAGAAGUUGAAAAAUAAAUUUAUUAUAGAUAAGGAGAAAUGCAAGAAACGUAUAAAUGCGUAUAAUAAAAAUGGUAUUCGUAAUUCCGUAUUAGCAAUAAUAUUAUGUCAUAGAUAUGAAUAUCCACAUUUAUUAUUAUUGCAACAUAUAGAAAGUCAGAAAUAUUAUUUAUUGAAUGGGAAAUAUAAAACAUGGGAGAAGCCAAAAGAAGUAUUAAAAAAAAAAUUACAAAAAUAUAUUAACAAAAUUAAAGAUAUACAUUUUACACCAGCACAAAUAAAUAAAGAACAAGAAGAGACAGUUGAAAUUGGAGAUUUUUUAGGAGAAUGGUGGAGAACACAAUUCAAUUCUGUUUUCUUACCAUACUUGCCUGCACAUAUAAGUAGACCAAAAGAAUAUAUCAGAUUAUAUCAAGUAAUCUUAUCACCCAAAUGUAUUUUUCAUUUACCUCCUGGAUUUACUUUAAAAGCUAUACCACUUUUUGACUUAAAUAAUUGUGGAUUGGCAAUUAGUGGAUUGUCAAGUAUACUUUCAAGAUUUAAAUUACAUUGUAUGGUACAAGAACAAGACGUCGAAAAUUAA